AUGUCGGAUAACGGGACAUCUGUAAUUCAAAGCCAAAUGGAUCCGACUUCCCAAGCUGGUGCAUCCUCAACUUCAACUUCUGCAAGAACAGAAGAAGAACAAUAUUUGGAUCAAUCGGCACAGGAAAAUCUAUCGGACACCGAAAGAUCGGCAUUGAGCUCAGAUGACGACGCGGCUGCCGCUCCGAAUCAGGAUGAUCGAAAACCUGGUUAUUCAGAAGAAAAAAAGGAAGAGGAGCAACUAAAUAUGGCCGAUAAAGUCGAGUCUGAAGCUCAAAGCCAAAGUGAUACAACUUCCCCAGAUGGUGCAUCCUCAACCUCAGCAUCUUCUCCAAGGUCUGACGAGGCACAAAAUUUGGAUCAUUCCGAAGAGGAAAAUCCAGACGACGCCGAAAGACCUGAAUUGAGUUCAGGUGUCCAAGAAAAUGACGACGCGGCUGCUGCUCCAAAACAGGAUGAACCAAAGCCGGGUAAUUCAGAAGAAACGCAACCAAAAAUGGCGGAUAACGGGACAUCUGUAAUUCAAAGCCAAAUGGAUCCGACUUCCCAAGCUGGUGCAUCCUCAACUUCAACUUCUGCAAGAACAGAAGAAGAACAAUAUUUGGAUCAAUCGGCACAGGAAAAUCUAUCGGACACCGAAAGAUCGGCAUUGAGCUCAGAUGACGACGCGGCUGCCGCUCCGAAUCAGGAUGAUCGAAAACCUGGUUAUUCAGAAGAAAAAAAGGAAGAGGAGCAACUAAAUAUGGCCGAUAAAGUCGAGUCUGAAGCUCAAAGCCAAAGUGAUACAACUUCCCCAGAUGGUGCAUCCUCAACCUCAUCUUCUCCAAGGUCUGACGAGGCACAAAAUUUGGAUCAUUCCGAAGAGGAAAAUCCAGAUGACACCGAAAGACCUGAAAUGAGCUCAGGUUCCCAAGAAAAUGACGACGUGGCUGCUGCUCCAAAACAGGAUGAACCAAAGCCGGGUAAUUCAGAAGAAAAGCAACCAAAAAUGGCGGAUAACGGGACAUCUGUAAUUCAAAGCCAAAUGGAUCCGACUUCCCAAGCUGGUGCAUCCUCAACUUCUGCAAGAACAGAAGAAGAACAAUAUUUGGAUCAAUCGGCACAUGAAAAUCCAUCGGACACCGAAAGAUCGGCAUUGAGCGCAGCUGACGACGCGGCUGCCGCACCAGAACAGGAAGAUAAACCAAAUCCUGACCAUUCAGAAGCAGAGAAGGAAGAGGACGAGGAAAAAAUUUUAGCCAGAGAAUUGAGUCCAGAAGACCAAAAAACUGCCGCUGCGAAACAGGAUGAACCAAAGCCUGGUCAUUCAGAAGCAAAGAAGGAAGAAGAGGAACCAAAAAUGGCCGAAAAUGAGGCAUCUUUAAUUCAAAACCAAAGUGAUUCGACUUGCGAUGCUGGUGCAUCCUCAGAAAAUGCAUCUCCUCGAAGAACAAACGAGGCACAAAAUUUGGUUCGCCCGGUAGAGGUGAUUCCAAUCAACAUCAAAGCCUUGCCAGACACUUUUAUCGCCACCAGAACCGUCAAGAGUCGCGGCAGAGCCUACGCAACUACGCACGUCUGCUCGCCACCACGUCCUGACGCCAACUACGCCAAGAGAGAGUUGGCGGCGGCGUCAGGCAGGGACGCCACCGCCUAA